UAAUUAAGGCAAUAUCACAAAUCUUCAUGUGAUUUAAAGUGUUUAUACUGUAUUUCGAAUAAUUCUGGGGAAUUUGGCAGAUUUUUGAUAAAAUUGACAGAUUUUUGAAGUGCAUUUAGCAGAAUUUGGUCAUGACCUUACGGUCACCCUUGCGGCACGUACCACGUCCAUGACAUUCGUGUUUGUAAUAAAUUGGCCUUUUUUUAACCUGCGACAUUUAACAAAAUGUCAAAUGAGUGUGUGUUGCGAGUUGAUCUGACACUAGAUGAGAAUAAUUUAGAAGAAGGGGCGCUGAAGUUGCUGAGUUUGGUGCGGCCAGAAUGGAACCAGGAAGAGAUAAAGUUCAAGGUUUUUACGGCAGGCAUCUCCAACAAACUCAUAGGUGGCUACCUUCCAAAAGAUAAGUCAGACAUGGUCUUGGUCCGGAUCUAUGGCAAGAAGACGGAGCUCCUCAUCGACCGGGAGGCUGAGAUCAGGACGUUUGUACUUCUUCACCAAGCAGGUUGCGGAUCUAAGCUGUAUGCUCGAUGCAACAACGGUCUGUGCUAUGAGUAUCUGCCGGGAGUCGUUCUGGAUCCAAAGACGGUCAGGGAAGAGAGAAUCUACAAGCUUAUCAUCAAGGAGAUGAUAAAAAUGCACAGCAUCAAGCCACAAGAUGGCGCUGUGACUUCUCCGUGCCUCUUCCGAUUAAUGGAUAAAUACCUGUCAAUUGUUCCUGACAAAUUUGAGGAUGAAGAAAAACAGCAAAGGUAUAUCAAGACCGUGCCAUCUCAUGAUCAGCUCCGUAAGGAAGUCGGUGAUUUGAAGAGCGCCCUCACAUGUCUAGAAAUGCCCAUUGUAUUCUGCCAUAACGAUAACCUCCUUGCCAACAUCAUUUUCAAUGAGCAGAAAGGUAAAAUUUCUUUCAUAGAUUAUGAAUAUGCUGCUUUCAACUACCAAGCAUAUGAUAUUGGGAAUCAUUUCUGUGAAUUUGCUGGUGUGGAGGAGGUUGACUACAACCUCUAUCCCAACAAGGAAUUUCAGAUGAAGUGGCUGCAAGAAUUCCUGACAGCUCAAAACGAGGCUAACAGCGUCGAGAAAAAAGUCACGGAAAGAGAUGUGGAAAGCUUGUACGUCAUAGUGAACAAAUUUGCACUGGCAUCCCAUAUGUUUUGGGGAAUCUGGGCCUUGGUGCAGUCUCACCACUCGACCAUCGACUUUGACUUUUUAGAGUACUCGAAGCUCAGACUGGAUGAAUACUUGCGUAGAAAAGAUGCUUUUUUGGCACUGACACUACCGCAGUAACCGUGACAUUGACAUGAGCCUUCAUUCAAGCUGUAUGCGACACAAGAUGAGCUGUUAAAGUUUAGGUUAAAUAUCACACUUUUAUUACAUUAGG